AUGGCGGAUCUGCUCCGCGAUCUCGACAGCUGGCAACAGCUAGCAGAGGCGGCGCGGCCGGGCGGCGGAGGCCGGGGUAGAAGCCGAGAGGGGCGCGAGUCCGGGAAGGGAAGGAAGACGGAUAAAGAGGGCGGGAAAGCAAAGGACGGCACGUCAGCAGCUGCAAAGAAGAAAGCCAAGUCCCAACUCAGCAGCGCGAAUAACACGUCAGCACAAGCCACAUCAGCAGCACCAGCAGCACCAGCUCCAUCACCAUCAUCAUCAUCUGCAGCAUCAGGAGAAGGGCGGACGAUCAAGCACACAGUGGACUACUUUCGAGAGCAUUGGGUUCCGCCCCCCCCUCCUGUCAACGCCGAGCCGUCCACAUCAGCACCAGGCUGGAACGUCGGUUUCUUGGGUGGCGGUAGCAAGAAACCAUCAGGCCAAGCCAGAGGAACAAGAGCAGCAUCAGGCGGGGCAGCAGGUGGGGGAGCAGAUGGAGCAGCAAGAGGAGCGGAAUCAAAAGCAACAAGAGAAGGGGGAGGAGCAGGGGCGGUUGGGGAAGCAGGGGGGGCUGCAGAGCUGAUUGGCAGACUGGCAGCAGCAGCGGAUGCUGGGAGGGAGGGGGAUGGAGACGAGUUUGGGGGUGUGGGGGCAGGGAGAGGAGGGAUGGAGGCAGCUGCUGCAGCAGAGAAGGAAAGGGUGAGUGAUGGGGAUGGGAGAGAGGUGAGUGAUGGGGAUGGGAGAGAGGUGAGUGAUGGGGAUGGGAGAGAGGUGAGUGAUGGGGAUGGGAGAGAGGUGAGUGAUGGGGAUGGGAGAGAGGUGAGUGAUGGGGAUGGGAGAGAGGUGAGUGAUGGGGAUGGAGGUGGGCGAUUGGGAGGGAGGGGGAUGGAGGCGGGAUUGGAGGUGUGGGGGCCGGGCAACGAGCAUUUCAAGGGCGGUCGCUUUGAGGACGCCCUCUCCUGCUACUCCCACAGCAUCGCGCUCCAUCCCACCGCUGUCGCCUUUGCCAACCGAGCCAUGGCGGCACUCAAGCUGGGCAGAGCAUUGCUUUGCAUCCCACCGCCGCUGUGGCCUUUGCCUACCGAGCCAUGGCGGCGGCACUCAAGCUGGGCAGAGCAUUGCUUUGCAUCCCACCGCCGCUGUCGCCUUUGCCUACCGAGCCAUGGCGGCACUCAACCUGGGCAGAGCAUCGCCCUCCAUCCCACCGCUGUCGCCUUCGCCAACCGAGCCAUGGCAGCCCUGAAGCUGGGCAGGUACGAGGAGGCUGAGGUGGAUUGCACAGAAGCGUUGGAUCGGGACGAUGAGUAUGUGAAGGCACUCGCCAGAAGGGCCACAGCUAGACUCAAGCUCAGUCGACCCAUCGACGCGCUGCAAGGUGGGUGGGGUGCAGUAGACCAUCUCACCUUGUUGGAUCGGGACGACGAGUAUGUGAAGGCUCUCACCAGAAGGGCUGCUGCUAGACUCAAGCUCACCAGGAGGGCUGCUGCUAGACUCAAGCUCACCAGGAGGGCUGCUGCUAGACUCAAGCUCACCAGGAGGGCUGCUGCUAGACUCAAGCUCAGUCGACCCAUUGACACCCUGCAAGACAUUAGCCAGGGCCUAUUGCUUGAUCCCGGCAACAAGGAUUUGCUAAGGCAACAGGCAGAGGCGAAUGCGCUCCUGCAGAAGCAGGCCAAGAAGGGGGCUAAGGGAGUUGAGGAGGUCAAUGGAGUCAAGAAGGCUAAGGAUGGGACUACGGAGGUGAAGGGGGUCCUGGAGAUUAAGGAGUUUAAGGGGGUAAAGGAGGUCAAAGAGGAGAAGACGGUUACAGAGGUUAAGAGGGGUACAGAGAGUUCAGAGGCGACAGAAGUUGGUGGGGUAACAGGGGAUGGAAGGGUCACAGAGGGUGCAGAGGCGGAGGGAGGUGAGGGGAGUGUAAGGAUCAGUGAUGUUACAGAGGCGGAUUCACAAGGAGAGGGACCCGAUUCGACUGGAGCAGAGAAAGGGGGAGAGGGAGAGCGCGAGGGGAAGAAGCAGCAGAAGGAGGAGGAGGAGGAGGCGUUAGGAACACGGCCAGAGGGAAUGGAGGAGGUCAGGGUGUCGACUGCGCUUCAACUGCGCCAGAGGACAUCAACUGCGCUUUUAGAGACCUCUGCUCCACCCGUCGCUCCCGCUGCCUCCUCGACCUCUGCCUCCCAUGCGCCUUCAAAUGCAGCUGGUGCUGAUCCGCAAGGCGCAGGUGCUGCAGCCAUGGGAACAGUUGUUCCGCAAGGCGUGGAGCCCACGUCAGCACACCACGUGGCAGUCCAGCAGAGUUCCAUGUUGACUGAAAUGUCAUCACCGAGCAUUGAACGCACAUCAACACAGGGUGGGGCAGCGGGGCACACUUAUGAGUCGACUCACAAGUCUUUGCGGGGCGUUGAGCUCACAACAGCUCAUGAGCAGGCCAUUGCUCGGGCAGCUGAAAUUUUGCGUAAAAAGGCAGCUGCGGCAGAGAUAAUGGGAGUGGGGCGGCACGAGGGGGAAGGAGGGAUGAGACCGGAGCAGGGGCUAGGGCAGCAACAGGAGCAGCAGGCAGCAGUGGCAAUGGUGGCAGCAACAACAUCACCACCAACAGCAGCAGCAGCAGCAGCAGCAGCAGCAGCAGAAGCAGCAGCAGCAGCAGCAGCAGCAGCAGCAGCAGCAGCAGCAGCCGCCGCCGCACCAGUGACCCCUCCCCAGUCAGCGCUGGAGUUUGAGAGGCGGUGGCGGCGACUGCAGGGGUGUGAUGACGCUCAGGCUGCUCUGGUGAAGGUGAGUUGUGAGUGGUACCGAGGGGAGGUGCUGUGUGAGGAGGAUGCAGGGUUGAGUGAGGAGGAUGCAGGGUUGAGUGAGGAGGAUGCAGGGUUGAGUGAGGAGGAUGCAGGGUUGAGUGAGGAGGAUGCAGGGUUGAGUGAAGAGGAUGCAGGGUUGAGUGAGGAGGAUGCAGGGUUGAGUGAGGAGGAUGCAGGGUUGAGUGAGGAGGAUGCAGGUAUGAGUGAGGAGGAUGCAGGGUUGAGUGAGGAGGAUGCAGGGUUGAGUGAGGAGGAUGCAGGGUUGAGUGAGGAGGAUGCAGGGUCGAGUGAGGAGGAUGCAGGGUCGAGUGAGGAGGAUGCAGGGUUGAGUGAGGAGGAUGCAGGGUUGAGUGAGGAGGAUGCAGGGUUGAGUGAGGAGGAUGCAGGGUCGAGUGAGGAGGAUGCAGGGUCGAGUGAGGAGGAUGCAGGGUUGAGUGAGGAGGAUGCAGGGUUGAGUGAGGAGGAUGCAGGGUUGAGUGAGGAGGAUGCAGGGUUGAGUGAGGAGGAUGCAGGGUCGAGUGAGGAGGAUGCAGUGUUGAGUGAGGAGGAUGCAGGGUCGAGUGAGGAGGAUGCAGGCUCGAGUGAGGAGGAUGCAGGCUCGAGUGAGGAGGAUGCAGUGUUGAGUGAGGAGGAUGCAGGGUUGAAUGAGGAGGAUGCAGAGUUGAGUGAGGAGGAUGCAGGGUUGAGUGAGGAGGAUGCAGGGUCGAGUGAGGAGGAUGCAGGCUCGAGUGAGGAGGAUGCAGGGUUGAAUGAGGAGGAUGCAGGGUCGAUCCCUCCCGCCUGCCCGCCUCUUGACCAUCUUCAAGGACUCUCUCUCUCUUCGUUGCCCCCCUCCCUACUCUUGGCCUCUCUCCUCUUGCCCCCUGCAGUCCCUCCUGCCUGCCCGCGUCACAACCAUUUUCAACUCCCUCUGUCCUCCUCUCACCUCCCCUCUUCCUUCGUCUCAUUCCCUCCCAUCCUCUCUGCUGAUUCUCUCUCCACCCCUCCCCUCCUCUGGCAGACCCUUCCGCCUGCGCGCCCCUCAACCAUAUUCAAGGACUCUCUCUUCCCGCUAAUCACCUCCUUUCUCCCUCCAUCCCAUGCCCCCCCAUCCUCUCUCUCCCUCCUGCCUGCCCGCCUCUCAACCAUCUUCAAGGACUCGCUAUCUCCGCCGCUCCUCGCUGCAGUGCUCUCCAUCAUCCUCUCAACUCUCUUCAGCACGGAUGCCCCAGCAACCGUGGCUCUGCUCUCCGCCUUCCCUUCUGUGCCGCGCUUCCCCAUCCUCCUCGUCUGCGUGCCUCCCAAUGACAAGCAACAAGCCCUAUCUGCUUCCACCCCUGCCCCUGCGCCUCAUCAUUCCAUUCUUGGCACUCUUCCCUUCACCUCUUCCGUCCCUUUUCGUCCAUCUCCCCUUCACCUCGCCUGCUUCUGCCUCGCAGGUCUUUCCACCCUGUGGGAUGAAGCCCUCUCUGCCUCCACCCCUGCCACAGCCACCUACACUACCCUGCAACAGCUGCGCUCAGCAUACAAGCUCUAG